ACCAACGGCACGCUUUCCGCGUUUUCUAUUUUCUUGUCGGACAAUGAGUGGGAAACUGUGGACGGAAGAGCAGUUUAACUGCCCCGUGUGUCUAGAUCUCCCCAACGACCCAGUAACAAUUCCCUGCGGGCACAGCUACUGCAUGGGCUGUAUUAAAGACUACUGGAGCAAGGAUGAUCCCAAGGGUAUCUACAGUUGCCCCCAGUGCCGGCAGACUUUCUGCCCUCGGCCGUCGCUUUCCAGAAACACCAUGCUGGCCGAAGCCGUGGAGCAACUCCGGAAAGGAACCCCAAGAUCGGAGGUCUACAAGAGCAUGCGGGGCGGGUUAAAAUCCAAAAAGACUCUGCCCACCUCGGCCGUGCAGUGCGACCUUUGCAAAGGAGAGCAGAGGGCGGCGGUCAAGACCUGCCUGGUCUGCAUGAGCUCGUACUGCGAGAGCCACCUGCAGCCUCACCAGACCACCAAGGCCCUGAAAGAGCACGAGCUGAUCGCGCCGACGGGCAACUUGUCCGAGAAGAUCUGCACUCAACACAAGUACCUGCAGGAGUUCUACUGUCGCCAGUGCAAGGUCUUCAUCUGUUGGCUGUGUACAACCAACCAGCACAAAGGUCAUGAGAGCGUGUCCACGAAGGCUGAACGCAUGGACAAAGAGAAAGGGAUUUCCGAGAUGCAGGCAGAAAAUCAGAAAAAGCUCAAAGAGAGACAGCAGGAGCUGAAGGACAUGAAGAAGAUGAUGGACGGAAUGAAGCGCUCUGCAGAACGCGUUCACAGCGACUGCGAGAAGGUGCUGUCGGAACUCCAGCGCUCAGUGAUGAGACUCCAGGAACUGCUAGAGGAGGUUCUGGAUGAGGCCGGGCGGGAGAAGAUGGAUCAGGCUCAGGAGGUCGUUGAGAGCCUGGAGGAAGAAAUCAGGGAGCUGAAGAGGAGGGGAACGCAGAUGAAGGACCUGGCUCAAUGCGAGGACCACAUCUACUACCUGCAGAUGCAUGAAAGCAUGUGCAGUCCGCUUGAGUUGGGCGACCUUCCGGCUGUGCAGGUCAACCAUGAUGCUUCCUUUGAGCCUGUACGGGAUGCCAUUGUAGAGCUAAGAGAGCAAGUGGAAAACUUGUGCAACGUGGAGCUCGGCAAGAUCACGAAAAAAGUGAACGACACAACGUUAUUCACACUGGGUGCUGCCAGUCGCAACAGAGGCGGCCUUUUAAAAUUAUUUUCUGCUUUGGGUUCCCGCAACUCGAACCCAAACCACCGUUCAUCUGCAGGUAUUUCAAUUACAUCGCGGAGUGCAGAUAGACGAGGAUUGGGUAAUAACAGUCACCAGAUGUAUAAAGGGUGGGGGUUGGGGGUGCCUCGUAGUGUUCAAUCUGACACGAUCGUUAUUGCAGGCUUUAGAGGUCAAGACGUGAGGAGCAGAGACGCGUCACGAGAGGUCGCUCAGAGGUCACCCAGACCACGGGACAGACAGAGGCCCAAUGAAAGCGAGUCAGUACGGGAGAACAACCUCAGACCCAACCCCAGACCCAGUCCGACCCCGAGCCCGACUCUAAGCCGGAGAGACUCUCCGUCUCUGUGGAGCAGGUCCAGUCGGAGUCAGGGUGCCCCCGCUACUCCCGCUCCGACCCCAGUGAGCCCAAACCCGACUCCUGCUCCUGGGCCAACAUCUACUGGAGCUUUUAGCCGGAUGUCAUCGAUCAGCAGCAUUUUCCGGUCCCGCCGUGGCAACACACCAGCACUUAACACGGCAUUUGCAGGGGGGCUGCCAACGCUGUCUGAAACCCCAACCGAUGUUAAUCCCGGUCUGUUCUUGGACUUGCCCACCCCAACCGCCAAUCAUCACACUCCUGCUUUUCCUGCACUAAGAGAAAUCAGCCUUGACAGCAUCCAGGCCCCAGAACCAAGGGAAAGAGACGAGUUCCUGCAAUAUUCUGUCAACUUCACCCUGGAUCCAAACAGCGCCCACCGUCGCCUGAACCUCUCCGAGGGCAACACCAAAGCCACCCUGCAGGCCGGGGUGGCCCCCUACCCGGACAAUCCCCAGCGUUUCGACGGUUGGACUCAGGUCAUGUGCGGGAGCCCGCUUUACUCCCAGCGCUCCUACUGGGAGGUGGAGUGGCGAGGCCGAGGGUCCUCCAUGGGCGUGGCGUACGGCUCGCUGAGCAGGAAGGGUUCGGACGCCAGGGCGGGGAUCGGCUACAACGCCCAGUCGUGGACGCUGGAGCUCUCCGACACUUGCUGCCUAGCGCUGCACGACAACGAGAAGAGAGACAUAGCGGUCAGCUACUCUCCCCGUCUGGGCAUCUUCGUGGAUUUGGCCGCGGGAACGCUGGCGUUCUACGGCGUGGCCGAGAGCAUGACGCACCUUCACACGUUUCGGGCCAACUUCACCCAGCCUCUCUACGCGGUCUUUGGGGUGGGGAGUGGAGUCGGAGUGGGUUUGGACUUUGCGCUUGGGCAGUUCAGCUCCACCUCUGAUAGUAUCAAGUUGUGUCCCAUGUGAAGACGCGCGCGAGAGCAAAAGAUGCUUUGGUUGUUGUUCAUGAUUCUGUCUGUGAUUAAAUACGCU